ACCGAAUUGAACUCCCUCCAUCUAAGCUUUUUCUCACUUCAGCUUUCACUUGCUCUCUAUCGUUACGAUGGAGGAACAGAAACAUCUAUUACUGCGUCAAGACGACGACUCCGUCUACAAAGAAGAAGAAAGUCAGGCUUCACAACCAACAGCUCUAGCAAAACGAACAUCAUGGUCUCAAACCCUCUCCUCAACCGCAUUACUACUCACAGGACUCUUCGCCGGUCUUGCUCUCUCCCUCUACUUCCACAAACGACCAUGCCUGUCUCAGUACAGCACUUACUGUAAGCAACCUACCUGCCUACCUAUCCGCGGCACCAAAAAAAGAUGCGGUCAUUGACUAACUAACUCCACUCCUCCAGCACCAGCACAACCAGCACUCCGCUACGUCCAGCAGAGCAUCCACCCACACGGACCGAAAACCUACUUCGGCAGCCCCACACUCUCACAAACCAAAGCAUGGGAAACGC